UAUACAUAUUGAUGUAUCAUUUCAUCCUUCGUCUUCCCUUCCUUUCAACGGGAUCACCGAUCACUGAGUAAUGUACUGUAGAAGAAUGAAGCCUUGCAUGCUACUUCUCUUCUUCUUAUUCAUCUUCGUCGACCCUUCCUUCCAAUUCCAGGUUUCUAUCUCUCUCAAUUCAACUAAUCUGUCAAAAUCCGGCGAUUCGGUCCUGAUCAAAUGGUUCGGCGUCGACUUGCCCUCCGACCUUGAUUGGCUCGGCAUAUACUCUCCUCCGGAUUCUCCCAACGAUCAAUUCAUCGGCUACGUCUUCCUCUCCAAAUCACCCACUUGGAAAGCUGGGUUGGGCUCCGUUUCCCUCCCUCUAGUCAACCUCCGAUCCAGCUACUCCUUCCGGAUCUUCCGUUGGACCCGCUCUGAGGUCGACCCGACUCACCUUGAUGAAGACCACAACCCGCUUCCCGGUACGGCGCACCUCCUGGCAUCCUCGGAGGUGGUCUCGUUUCAGUCGGGUCGUGGGCCAGAGCAGAUUCAUUUGUCCUUCACGGACAAUGAUGAUGAGAUGAGGGUCGUGUACAUCACGAAGGAUGCGAGGGAGACGUAUGUGAGAUAUGGGGAGAAAGAGAGGAAGUUGGAUAGCGUAGCGCUGGCGCGCGUGAGGAGGUAUGAGAGGGAGCACAUGUGCGACGCGCCGGCGAACGGAAGCAUCGGUUGGCGGGAUCCUGGGUAUAUACAUGACGGGGUUAUGACGAACUUGAAGAAAGGAGUGAGAUAUUAUUACAAGGUUGGAAAUGAUUAUGGAGGUUGGAGUGAAACUCACAGCUUUGUGUCAAGGAACGGUGACUCUGAUGAAACAAUAGCUUUCCUCUUUGGUGACAUGGGAACUGCUACUCCUUACAAUACAUUUCUGCGUACACAAGAGGAAAGCAUAUCAACAAUGAAGUGGAUCCUCCGUGAUAUUGAAGCUCUAGGCGAUAAGCCGGCAUUCAUCUCCCACAUUGGAGACAUUAGCUAUGCCAGAGGAUACUCAUGGUUAUGGGACCAUUUUUUCACUCAAAUUGAACCAGUUGCAGCCAGAGUGGCAUAUCAUGUUUGCAUUGGUAAUCAUGAAUAUGACUGGCCCUUGCAGCCAUGGAAACCUGAUUGGGCCAGUUAUGGAAGAGAUGGGGGUGGUGAGUGUGGCGUGCCCUACAGUCUAAAGUUCAAUAUGCCUGGAAACUCUAAGGAACCCACUGGAACAGAAGCCCCAGCAACUCGGAACCUUUAUUACUCAUUUGAUAUGGGAGCAGUACAUUUCGUGUACUUCUCAACUGAGACCAAUUUCCUCCCUGGAAGCAGCCAAUAUAACUUUUUAAAGCAUGACUUGGAAUCAGUUGAUAGGGGUAAGACUCCUUUUGUAAUAGUCCAAGGGCACCGACCCAUGUACACGACAAGUAACGAAUUUAGAGAUGCUGGAUUGAGAGCAAAGAUGCUGGAACACUUGGAACCUUUGUUGGUGAAAAAUAAUGUGACACUAGCUUUAUGGGGUCAUGUCCAUAGAUACGAGAGAUUUUGUCCUCUAAACAACUUCACUUGUAGUAACAGUGUGGGUCGAAAAGGGGAGGACUCAGAAGCGUAUACUGUUCAUAUUGUAAUUGGAAUGGCAGGGCAAGAUUGGCAACCCAUCUGGGAACCCAGACCUGACCACCCUAAGGACCCAAUCUAUCCCCAACCAGAACGGUCUCUGUACCGUGGGGGUGAGUUCGGGUACACCAGAUUGUUCGCUACAAAAGAGAAACUUGUGCUUUCUUAUGUUGGGAACCAUGAUGGUGAGGUGCAUGAUAUGGUGGAAAUUCUUGCGUCUGGAGAAGUUAUAAACGGUGGUGCCAAAGAUAGAACCCUUGAAUGGACCUUUUCAUGGUACGUUAAGGCAGGAAGUGUGUUGAUACUUGGGACCCUAUUAGGCUACCUUCUUGGCUGGUUAUCACAUGGCAAGAAGAACUCUGAGGCCAGAGGUAAUUGGACUCCUGUGAAGACUGAGGAACCAUAAAAUGGUGCAUUAUGAUAAAAUGAGAAACUCCAAAGUAUACCCACCUUACAAAAAUUAAUAGGGCAUGUUAGUUGAUUUGGAGUUGUAAGAUGGUGCCCUCAUGGUGCUUGUUUAAGCAAAGAACCAAAAAAAAAAAAUCUGUAUAUUAGGCAAAUUUUUCUGACAGAACUAAAGCCACUUUUGGCAUUCUUUUGAGGGAUAUGUGUUGUUCCAUCUAUAACUUGGAUCCACUGUUUUAUUCUGCUGUUAGAUACAAGUUCCACAGGCAUAGUAAGAUGAGGUGAGACUGAUGUGAACAAAAUGUGCUGAUGUAAAUGUAUUCUUAGUUAUUAAGAGCAGGUCCUUAUUUUACUUGAAA